CUUUACCAAUAGUAUUCUGCACAGAGAGCACAUGGAUAGGACUGUGUCUCUUGCCUUUUGCCAUUUUAGCUCAAUCGUCCGUACUACUCCUUUCUACCGCUUAUCCACUGAACUCCACAUCGCUGCACUCAGAUAGAUCCUAAUGCAAACCCUAACACCAAAACGUAUGUGACAGGCCGCCAUGGUAUCUCGAAUCUCGAGAGCUGGAAACUUGCCCAAGGACUGCGGUUUCUCGUCUUCCCGUUGCCCCGUCAUUUGGCGUGCUGAAUAAUUCUGCAGCGAAAUCUAACCACCAUGACGGCCUCUAUCCAAGACCACAACGAGGAUCGCCCUGACAACGAGGAGACUCCCCUCCUAGGAUCAUCCACGACGGACGCCCAAACCCAUGUCCUUCCGACCCGCCAGCUUGUUAUCGUCUUUACAGCUCUAGCGUUUGUGCAGUUUACGUCCUUUCUCGACCAAACCGCCAUUUCCACGGCUCUGCCCUCCAUUGCGCAAGACCUGCACACCGGCUCCUCCAUCUCUUGGGUCGGAGCGAGUUUCCUCAUCUCCAGCACCAGCGUCCAACUCAUCAAUGGCCGGCUCUCAGACAUCUUUGGCCGGAAGACCUGCCUCAUCACAACACUCACUGUGAUGGGACUCGGGAAUCUGCUAUCGGGAUUUGCGAGAACGCCGUUCGAACUGUAUGUGACUCGGGCGGUAAGUGGGUUGGGCGCCGGAGCGAUCAAUGCUUUGGUUCAGGUGACCAUCUCAGAUAUCACGACAUUAUCCCAACGAGGCAACUACUUUGGUAUCAUCGGGAUCUUCGUGGCGCUGGGAAAUGGCUUGGGUCCGGUGAUUGGUGGUGUGUUGACGAAACAGGCUUCGUGGCGAUGGGCGGUUUGGUUCAUCAGUCCAAUGGCGGCGCUGGCUGUGGGAAUCCUUUAUUUCGUCUUGCCGACAUCGCGCAUGAGCGGGAACAUGUGGACCAAGCUGAAGAUGGUGGACUGGCUCGGGGUUAUCGUGAGUGUGCUGGCUGUAGUGUUGGUAUUAGUAUGUCUCCUUGGCGUAGUCCAUGUUGACCAACAUGCUGACCGGAUUUACCUACAGGUACCCGUCUCGCAGGUGCGCCUUUUCAAUAACGGCUACUCAGCCAACAUUUUGCUGGCCCAAAAUCUUGCCAUCGGCUGGGUCUACUGGAGCAAUCUUUUCUACCUGCCUAUGUACUUUCAAAAUGUUCGAGGCUGGAGUCCUACCGAGGCCGGAUCCCUUAUCCUCCCCAUGGUGAUCGCUCAUGGAAUCUUCUCCGGACUCAGUGGUUUCCUCCUCUCCUGGACCGGCCGGUACUGGCCUAUCGUCGUCGGCGGAACGUCCAUUUGGACAGUUGCUACCAGCGGCAAAGCGUUCUAUGGAGCGAACACGCCGGUCUGGGUCUUCAUUGCCGUGGGUAUGCUUGAAGGCUUAGGGGUCGGCUUUUGCUUUCAGCCCGUCUUGGUCGCCUUGAUGACAAACUCGGCCAAUGAAGACCGUGCGGUGAUGACAGGCCUUCGAAAUUUUAUUCGAGCUAUGGGAGGAGCGGUCGGUAUUACCGUAUCCGGAGCUAUCUUGAGCAAUGUCCUCCAACUCGGACUUGGAGACAAAUUCUCACCGGAAGUAAUCGCUCGACUGACUUCCAGUGUUCAAAACUUACCAGAUUCAGAGUUCUCCCGUGAUGAGAUGCGUUUGAUUCUCUCAGUCUACAUGGAAGGACUCCACGCUGUUUUCAUAUCAUUUGUGCCUCUGAUCGCGCUAUGCUUUUCGUCAUCGCUUCUGGUCAAGAACUACCCAAUUGGAGGCAAAGAUAAGAUGACUGAGCGUCGUACACAGACAGGAAGAGCUAGCCAUGAUUUGGAGGAACCUGCCGAGGUUCCAACGGGCAGAGAUGGGGCAUGAUUAAAGAGUAUGGUGACUGAAACCAUGGCCAAGGACGGCUGGGCCGCUGUUGGAAAUAGUAAUACUGUAUCGAUUUACGAAUCGCUAGCAAUUUCUAUGGCCAAUCGAAAAUCAAU